AGGAUAAACGCCAUCGUCGUACUAAACCCUACCGGAAUCUCUUACUACGGAGUACGUCGUAGUUAACUCGAGGGAGGGAAGAGGCGUUCCCUGUUUCGCACUAGCGUACUUGUCUCGUUGUCUCAGGCCCCAUACUUUGUUUCCUCACUCCCAAACCUCCAAAGCCUUACUACGUACGUACCUAGUCCAUCGAACGCUUGCAACAGAGUUGGCGCCGGCUCUGGACAAUUAAACGGAUUCUGCCACCCGAGCCCAGCCGCCGCCAUCUUUAGAAACAUGCUUCAGCUUCGUCCGACUCGUCAGUCCUGGCAAUCGUCCCAAUCCCGAGCUCGGACGUCUGUCAAUGCGCAGACAACCAGGACCAGCUUUCCAAUGGGUGGCCCUCGUGGCCUCUCGUAGCCUCUCGACGCCGUCAUGUUUCUGCCCGGCCAAUACCCGACCUCCACCUUUGCCUCUGAUAUAUGCCAUCUGUCAUCGGCCGUCUGCCAUCUGCCAGGCUCUUCGCUGCAGGCGGCAUAUCGAUAAUUUGGGACUUGGCCAUCUGACAACCCAUGGCUGCCAAAUAGCCUCCUCACAGUGGACGCCGCUCUCAGGUCUGCCGGGGCCGGGGGGCGUGGAAUAACGGUGGGUGUGCCUCAGCCACAGGGCGUGUCGUCUCGGGUUUCCAGAGGAAAGCCAGCUACCAGGGGGUGGCCCGUUUUGUGCCCACGGCCCACGAGCUAGGAUCAUGCAUCUCCGAUUUGUUCAAUCACAGAUUCGAGAUGGCUUUCUUGUG